AAAUCAAUUAUUUUUGCUGUUUGAACUGAAAAUUACACAAAAAUAUUUACUUAUUGAUUAAGGAAAUAAAACAAAGAAUUAACAACACAAAAAAGUGUUUAAAGUACAAAAAUCACAGUGAAUUGAAUAAAACAAAAAUCAUACAAUCAGAUACAUACUAAAAUACUUAUAAAUAAUAAUAAAUAACAAAAAAAAAUCAAAAACAAAUAAAGAAAUGGGCAAAUUACUGAGUUUAUUGGCACGUGAUGACUCAAACUGUUGCACAGCCAAAUCCUACGAUGUCUUUUUGGAUUUUGAAAAUGCAGCACCCACGGAAACAGAACGUGAAAUAUACGAAGAGGUAGAACGUGUACUCAAAGAAUCUGAGGCUGUUUUAGAGGAGAUACAAGUUUAUAAGGGUGCCGGCAAAGAAAUACGCGAAGCAAUUGCAGAUCCCUCGCUUCAGGAGAAAGCCUGGUCAGCCGUCCUGCCUUUAGUUAUAAAAUUAAAACGUUGUUAUGAACAUUCACUGGAAUUAGAGAAAAUUGUACCAAAACUGCUGGGUCAGUUGGUGGGCGGUAAAUUAAAUCCUACACAACACUUAGAAACACAACAGGCCCUGGUCAAACAGUUGGCCGAAAUUUUAGAAUUUGUUUUAAAAUUCGAUGAACACAAGAUGAAAACACCUGCGAUACAAAAUGAUUUCAGUUAUUACAGACGUAUCGUCAGUCGACAACGUAUUGAUGCCACAAAUAAUAUGUUGGUACCAACCGAAUUGGCGAAUCGUAUGUCAUUGUUUUAUGCCCAUGCCACACCAAUGUUAAAAGUUUUAAGUGAAGCUACCUCGAAAUUUGUGAAUGAUAAUGCUGAUGAUGUGGAAAAUACAACAGAAACACUGGGAACAAUGGCUAAAGUGUGUCUGAGAAUGUUGGAAAAUCCUAAACUCCUACAACAAAUCGAACGUGAAGAAACCCACCUGCUUGUUUUAAGAGUUAUGGUCGGUCUAGUUAUUCUAUACGAUCAUGUCCAUCCAGUGGGGGCGUUUGCACGCGGUGCUCAUGUCGAUGUCAAAGGUUGUGUACGACUAUUGCAAGCUCAGCCAGCCAUAAAAGCAGAACCCCUGCUCAAUGCUCUGCGGUAUACAACCAAACACUUAAAUGAAGAAAAUACGCCCAAAAAUAUACGAAAUUUAUUGGCAGCAUAAUACACAAAGAGGAGCCGUAUUUUAAAGCAAAUAGAUGAAGUGUGCUGUUGUUAGCAUUUUUCGAAAAACUGAAAAACACCGUUUAUUUUAUGUAUUUUUAUUUUUAUUAUUAUUUUUUUUUAUAUUUUAAAUAUGUAUGUACUAUGUGUUUGUUUUAUUUUAAUGUGUUUUUUUUUUAUUUAAGUUUAAUAUUUUUUUUAUUAUUUUUAAACUAAAAGUUGCGGUUGUACCAAAAACCAAUAAUAGCAACUCAACCUACCAACUUAUUUAUAUUUAUAUAAAUCACCAGCAAUAUACAACAUAUGUAUUUUAUUUUCGA